CAGGCGGAUUUUUUUUUCUCAGCCGCUGCUGCUGGUUCACGAUUUUCCCAAUAUGGCCGACCACAGUCCACAGUGAGUUGUUGUUGGCUGCGGAAGUGGUUCCGGGAUCGGGACGGAUUUUCGACCGCUCACCGAACCUACACCGUGAAUUACGGCGGCGCGUUUGACGCGUCCCCGUCCUCUUUUGUCACCGCUGAAUUGGAAAAUGCGAGACAACAAUCUGAAGAGCGGGAGCCCCAGGAAGAUGAGCAGCCAUCCUCGAGGCCAGCAGAGGACCCGACCAUAUCAGCAGAAUACACCAUCUGGCGGACAUCGCAGCGGAACGACAACAACAACCGGAGUCCUGCAGAAUCCCGUCGUAGAUCAGGAGAAAGCCUUGCGGAAUCAAAUUCACAUGGAGAUCGAGAAGAAGUCCAAGGCUUGUUCGAACGCGUCGUACGAGUGUUCGCUGCCGCGGCUUGAAAAUUUCAACUUUUGCAAGCGCCACAUCCUGCAGGAUGCGCGAGCGCCGUUCAAGCAGUGCGCGUUCUUUUUCGCCUCGAACGGGAAACGAUGCCUGGAGCCGGCGCCCAAGUACGACAACAAGAAGGACUACGGCACGAACUAUUGCUUCGAGCACAGCCGGUUGACGCAGCUGACCAAGACCAAGUCGACGAUCGGGAAGUACACCCCGCUGGAGACGACGGAAACGUUGCUGCAUCAGCUGGCGCAUCACGUAAAGGUGGACAAGGCCAAACAGCAGCAGCACCAUCACCACCAGCCGGCCAACUGUUCGGCGUUGAAGAUCACCGUUCACGAGGACGACGAGGAGGGGGAUGUGGACGUGGUGACGCCGUCGGUUGACCCUUACGUGGACAUUGACGUCGGUGCCAUUAACGAUGCGGGUCGGGUUGUGCUGGAUUAUGCUUCGGACAGCAGCAGCGACGAGGAAGCGGUCACCGUCGGGAACACUUGGCGUGGCUACGAGAUGGACAACUCGGACAACGAGAGUGUUGACUCGCAAACGGAGGACCUGCUGAAGCACGCCGGGAUCUACACGGCCGAGGAGGCGACCAUGAUCACGAAAGAGAAGCUCAUCCGGCUGCAGACGCUGUACAUUGACCAGUUCCACCGGUUGCAGCACGUGCUGAAGGAGAAACGCCGCCGUUAUUUGCACGAUUUGCGCAGGGAACGUGAGCAGCAUUGCAGCAUUCACGACCAGGUGAAGGAUUCGCCCAAGGAGCGUAAAAUGUACGAAAAGUUGAAGGCGCUGAAUCAUUACCACCGGAAGCACGGCGUGGAGGCGAUUCUGCACCGGAAGUAUCUGGAGAAACGAGCCAAGGCCACGGAAGGGCUGCACCAGAAGGUGCCGUCCUAUCCAAAGUGUGCAUUUACCGAGGGUGGCGUCAAAUGUGGCGAACGGACGCUGUCCUGCUGCAAAUACUGCCGCAAGCACAUCCUCGAGGACAAGAAGCAGGUCCUGUUCAAGGCGUGCGGCGUCGAGAAGAGCGGAGUCGUAUGCCAGGAACCGUUGGCGAACCUGUUUGAAGAUUCCACCUGCUACCUGCACGUGGAACUCCCCGCCCAGAAAACAUUCACCAAGAAAAAGUACGAAUCCGAGUCGGAGGGUGAAGACGACGGUCAGCUGACGCUCAAAAACGAUCCGUUCGAAGAGGAAAGACGCGUUGGUGACACCAUCAAAUCGUCCCCGUCGCUGUCCACGUCGACGACGGUCACGGCCGUCGAAACGGACACGGAAAUGGCCCAGGUUGGACCGCCGCUUGUCGAGAACAACAUUACCAUCGUGCACGACGAGGAACCGGGCAGUUUGGAGGACUCGCUGCCGGUGAGCGUGAUUGCCAAGCCGGCAGCCAAAGAUGCUCCCGUCAAGCCAGUGGACGUGAAGCCGGAGCAGUCACCUGCGGCGCCGUCAGCGACGGACAAGGGCAAAUAAAACUUCCGUGUUUUUGGUCUCAAUUUAAUUGAUGUUUAUUGUAUUUUCUUUCAUUGUAAUAGUUUUUCCUUAAAUACAGUCGCAGACGAAAAAACAAACAAAAAACUCGAAACAAAAAUAAGGAAAGUUUUUUUUUUGUUUUGGUUCGGAACUAAAUCGCCUAGAGGUUGUAGAGAAUAGUUUUAGGGGGUUUCGAUUUGUGGUGUAUAAUUUUGUGGAAUAAAAUUGUCAGCCUAAUCUCGA